AUGGUUUGGCAAAAGCCAGCACUGUUGAAUCUGAUUCAGAACAACCAAUUUAUGAGCCUUGAUCAUGAGGACCCAUAUCUGCAUCUCCAGACUUUUAUUGAGCUUUGUGGCACAGUGAAGAUACAUCAAGUUCUUGAAGAUGUGAUUUGGAUGAAGAUGUUUCCUUUCUCACUACUUGGGAAAGCUAAGACGUGGCUCAAUGCUCUACCACAUCAAAGCUUAACCAGGUGGUCUGACAUAGAGACAAAGUUCGUGGCAAGAUUCUUCCCUCUUGCUAAGAUAAAUCAAGCAAAGAGUGAGAUUGUCACAUUCUCUCAGAAGCAAGAUGAACUUCUUUUUGAGGCUUGGGAAAGAUACAAAUCCUUGUUGAGGAGAUGUCCAAGUCAUGGAUUUGAUGACCUUACUCAGGUUAAUAUUUUUCUGGGUGGAUUGCAGCCACGGGUGAAAAUUCUAUUGGAUGCCUCAGCUGGAGGUAGUAUGCGUUUUAAAACACCGGAGGAGGCUAUAGAGUUGAUUGAUGCUAUGGCAGCAAAUGACUAUGAUUUACCAGCUGAAAGGGAGUCAAGACAGAAAAGAGGAAUUCUAGAGUUGGGAUCUCAAGAUGCUUUAUUAGCUCAAAAUAAGCUCUUGUCCCAGCAAAUUGAGGCUCUUACCAAGCAAGUUGCUCGGAUUCCACAACUACAAUCCACUCAACAUCAAGUUCUGAGUUGUGAUCUUUGUAGGUUGAAUCAUCCUCACAGAAAGUGCAUUGAUACUUUACCAUCUCAUGGAGAAGAGGUGAAUUACAUGGGAAAUCAAGCUCGACAAGGAGGAAAUUAUGGUGGUAAUUAUGGGAAGAACUGGCAAUCACACCCGAGCACAGGGUGGAACCAGAGUGAUAUUGCUCAGUCUAGUGGACCUCCUAUGCAAAGGCCCAACUUGUAUGACAGGCAGUCUAAAUUAGAAGAAACAUUGAAUCAGUUCAUGCAGGUCUCAAUCUCUAACCACAAGAGUACUGAAGCAUCUAUAAAGAAUUUGGAGAUUCAAGUGGGGCAGCUGGCCAAACAAUUGGCUGAAAAUUCUGGUGGAAAUUUUUCAGCCAAUACUCAUACUAAUCCAAAGGAGAAUUGUAGUGCAAUUACAACAAGAGGUGACAAGAGAGUAGGUGUGUUGGAGGAUGAGGAAGAGCAGCAGGAAAAAGAGGUAGAAAUGAGAGAGGGAGGUGGAGAAAAUAAUGAAAAAAAUAAAAAAAAAAAUUGA